CUUACAUGGAAACCGGAUAUGAAAACACCUAUACUGGAGCCAUCCGUAGUGGCGCUAGUGAGCAACCAGGAACUACAACACCAGGAAAUGAGCUUCAAAAACGAAGUCUGGUUUUGGCCGCUUGAAACCAGUCACUCAUUCUCUUGAAGAGGAAAUAUGGCUUCUCAAAGUGAAAGAAAACUGGAUGAAAAGGAUGCUACAAUAAAAAGAAGACAUAGCAUAGAACGUCCUCCCGAUAUGCAAAUGGCGCAAAGGAUAGUGUUACUGGGGAAGACGGGAUCUGGGAAGAGCUCGUGUGGUAACACCAUCCUGGGAACUGAGGCCUUCAAAGUGGCGUUCAGCCCGUCCUCCAAGACCAAGCAGUGCGAGAAGAAACGGGGGGAGGUGGACGGCAGGCAGCUGGUCCUGGUGGACACCCCUGGCCUGUUUGACACCACGCUGUCCAAAGCGCAGUUGGAGCGAGAGAUCGGCAAAUGCCUCAACUUCUCGGCGCCGGGGCCCCACGCCUUCCUGGUGGUGAUCGGCUGCCGUCGUUUCACCCAGGAGGAGAGGGCGGCGGUGGAGAGGAUCCGGGAGAUCUUCGGAAAGGAGGCCGAUAAGUAUGCGAUGAUCUUGUUCACGCACGGGGACGAGCUGGAGGGCACGGUGGAGGAGUACCUGCGGGAAGCGGAGGAGGACCUGCGAGAGCUCGUGCGCCAGUGUGGGAACGUCUACCACGUCUUCAACAACAAAGACCCCGCCGACCGUGAGCAAGUGCUCUCGCUGCUGGAUAAGAUCGACGCCAUGGUGUCCGCCAACAAGGGGAGCUACUACACCAGCCAGACGUACCGGGACGUCGAGCGAAGGAUCGCAGAGAAGGAGAAGGAGCUGAGGGAGUCGUACGAGCGCAAGAUGCGCGAGAAAGAGCGGGAGCUGCAGGAGAAGUACCGAGCGGAGCUGACGUCACUGGAGAGACGGCUGCAGGUGGCCGAGGAAGACCUGCUGACCGAGAGAGAGAAGAGGAAGCUAGAGGAGGAGAAGAACAGAGCGCUGCGGGAAAUAAUCCGGUACUACGAGUCACGGAUGAGAAACUGCAGGCAUGAAGCCGAAAGCACGCACUGUUUAACAGCCUAAAAAAAAUGGACACAAACCUUAGAAUAUAUUUAAUGGUAAAUGGACUGCAUUUAUAUAGCGCUUUUAUCCAAAGCGCUUUUCAAUUGAUGCCUCUCAUUCGCCAGAGCAGUUAUGGGUUAGGUGUCUUGCUCAAGGACACUUCGACACGCCCAGGGUGGGGUUUGAACCGGCAACCCUCCGACUGCCAGACAAUCGCUCUUGCCUCCUGAGCUAUGUUGCCCUCAUAUUUAUGAUUCCAAUCUAUUUUUGACACAUGCUAUGUGAGAAUAUCCAUUCAUUAGCCUUGUGUACCAGCAAUGUCUGGCCUGACCUGUUCAGCCAGUGCAGGAUAGUCCCAGAGUACAGAGGGAAAUAUAAUUGAAAAGUCAGAUAAGUAAAUAUGUGCCUUUGCCAUCACAAUUUAUCUACAUGUCUAUUUGGUCAUUGUGUUAUGUGUGCUAAUACUGCAGAGUGGUAGUGAAUUUUGGGAUGUUAUUCCCUGUACAAUAUUAAGUGUAUUAGAGGUUGGCUACUUUACGGGGUGAAAUAUGUAUAUUAUCGGGUAUAUUUUGAUUAUUCUUUAUCAUUUUGAAUAAUGAGUGAAUCAGACUGAUAGUCUGAUGUUGGAAACUGUUGUUAACUGUUAUGCAUUUUUGUGUCCGUAAUUUUUUUUUUUUUUUUUUUUGCAUUUGAUACAAUGUUCUUGUUUGUUUUUACUCUUGAAAUGAAACAUUCAUUACUCUUUCCAACACCAUUUUCUUUGUAUCUUCCAUAAAACCUUGAUUGCACUGUU